AUGGCUUCUCUUGGUCUCCAACCUCCUGCUCCUGUUCCUUCGCCACCACUAUCAGACAUGACUAAGGCGCGGAGACGACUGGUUCUCGCCUGCGACACCUGCAGAUCACGAAGAGUGAAGUGCGGUGGCCAGCGACCGUGCUGCGCUCCGUGUCGGAUUCGGGGGCUGGACUGCUGCUAUCAAAAGCUCCCUGAAAGCCCGGCGAAUCCGGUAGAAACAGAAUUAGCGAAUGUCAAUAUGCGCCUCGACUACCUCACCGCGCUGCUGUCCAAGCAGCCCAACUCCCUACCCGGGAGUGCGCUAGGCUCACACGAGGACUCCCCAUUUCGUUUGCUGGCAACUCAGUCUAUCAUGCACGUUCUCGGAAUCGAAGACGACUACAUCCAGGGCCUCAUUCGACUCGAGCGAGCGAACCUUCUCGCUGGCACGACCACCUCACCGCGCAUCUUCUUCAGCUCCCAUAGUCAAGUCACGGAUGCUCUAGCUGCGUUCUCGGAGCUAAUCCAUGGCUAUUACCCCAUCCUUCCGUUGGGCUUUACCGAAGAGUACUUUCACAUCCUGUCAGAGCCCCUGACGCCCUCGUCCCAUAACUGCUUAGCUCUACUUGUGGCCGCAAUCGGUGGCGUUGUACGCGACCAAAGCUUUGGGAGCCCGUACUAUGAAGCAGCCCUCGCGUCGCUUCCUAUAGUCCUUGCAGAAUGCACAUUGACGAGCAUUCAAUGCCUGAUCUUCUUCAGCAUCUACUACUGCUGCCUUCUCAAGCCAUUCCAGGCCCACGACUACUGCUUGAUAGCUUCUUUCAAGAUCCAGAAUCUUUUCAAGAGUGGACUGGAAGUCACAGAUAGUGACGCUCUUGAACUGACGCAUAGAACAUAUUGGGCGAUAUUAUUACUGGAGAGCGAAUUGGGUGUCCAGUUCGACGUUUCCAAAAGCGACAUCUGGAAUCUAGGUGAAUACAUGCCUCUCCCCAACUGCCAUCGCACCUGGCAAUUCCCGCCUCCGCAGCCCUCUACCAGCCUCGCCGGUGUCUCCCCAGGAAGCGCCCACUCCAGUGAUAGCACUAGCACAACUGCAGACCAGGCGCAAUCCUUCUUUCUCGCCGAAAUAGCAAUGCGCCGUUUGUUGCAUCGUUGUAAUUCUGCCGUCACAUAUUCGACAGAUAAUCGGCCUAGCUACGCCCCCGGAAUCGCCCUGGAAUUGGAGCGCCAGGUGGAUGAAUGGUACGACUAUCUCCCUGUCAACAUCCGGUUCCCCAAAGAAACGAGCGAACUGUGCACGAUGUACUCAUUGUCCAACUUCCUAAACGUUCAGUAUUACUGCUGCAAGCUAUCUAUUUACUGGCCAGCUGUUUACCAGGCAAUACAGGAUGGUCAAGUUAAUGUCCACCUCCAGGACCAUUGCCAGCGGUUCAUUGAUUCCUAUGUGCAGCUUCUUCCAAAGAUUUUUAUUGCUAUCGACAUCUGUCCGAUAUACAAGUGGACGCUCUCUAUCAGCUUUUUUGUGACCACGCUGGCUGCUCUGAAAGUGAUAGAUACCCCGUGUCUUAACGGUACCAGCCUUGACGAACUGCGGCAAUGCAUUUCCUCGGCCGCUUUUAAGGACUGGAAAAGCACAGAGAGCAGUGCUUCUUUGAGGAUCGUGCAAAAUACACUAAACCGACGCCUUCAAGAUGCAUCGUACCAGUGUGCAGGAGUAGAUCCCAGCACCGGCACCAGUUGA